AUGCUUUCCGUUACACCAACUGCAGCCCACGACCCAGCAUUCCUACGGCCGGAUUUGAAAAAUGGAACACUGAGAAACGAUCGACCCAGUGACAGCGAAGAAGUGCUGAAUAAGCAGGGUUUCAAAGUCGACGAAAUAGUCACUGCGAUUAUGAAAAUCCUGGAAAAGUUCAGCCUGCAACAGCAUGGCAAUGACGUGUUCAUGGGAAAAGAGGUCUUCUCACCAAGGGUCCAUCGCCAUGUCUCGGCAGGUCGACGCAUUCCCAUGGUUUUGCCAGCUUUUCCUGCUAAAAGCAUCAACGUCCAGGACAAAGUAUUGGGCAGCAGUCCGGACCUCGGCGAAGAGCUUGCUUUAGACAGGCUGAAUGAUCUGUGUACUCAGAUUGGUCAGGUAUACGAACCUGGUGCCACAGUUCUCGUCGCAACUGAUGGCGCUUGUUACAACGAUCUUACAGGAGUUACUCCCGAUGAUCUUUGGGAAUACGGAUCUGCUCUACGCAAGUUGGUGGCUCAGAAGGGCUAUCACUGUAUUGAGUUCGUACGCAUCAUGAAUCUUGUAGGGCUGCACACUGGUGAGCAAAUUUCCAAGGAUGAGUUCACACGUUUGCUCGAACCUUCACGCUUGGAGCUCAUGUCCCAAUAUGGAGACUCUGAUUUUGAUGCGAACUACUAUAUUCAGAACGACCCGGACUAUAAAUCAACCUACGAUGGGUAUGCUAAGUUCUUAAAGAAAGAUCUUGCUUUUAGCCCUCUCAGAAAAAGUAUAUCCAGCGGAAAGAAGUGGAAAUGCUUGGUCCACAAUACGGCGAAAGCGAUGAUUGCUCGUGGUGUGGCUUUUGCAGCGUUAAUCCUAGAGAAAUAUCCGGAAUACGUUCGUCUGUCGAUUCAUCCCUCGACCGGUCUGACGAAAAUUUCCAUGCCGUUGAUACCCCAGCCCGACUCCUUCUCAAUGACACCUUGGCACUGUGCAGUAGCCGUGGAUGUAUAUGGAAAGUUCAGAACAGGGCACGCAGCGACUUUGCGGGAAAACUAUGAUUUGGUAACGAAAGACGGUCGACCGUACUGCUUCCGUGAGCGUUCUGCACUUUAUUCGUGGGAUGCGGAAGUUGAGUUCAGUCAUCUAUACGGUGGGGGUUUGAUCGUACGAAAUAGGGGGGCUCAUAAGGAGGUGUCGUUUUCCGAGACUGACUUGAAGAAAAUGGCCGCUCUGACUCGUAUGCAAGGAAAGGUGAUUCUCGAGGGUUUUGGAAAACUAGCAUCGGAUAUCGUUGACAUCAAGUGA